CGAUAAACUGCCGGCAGUAGGCGGGUACUUGUUAAGAAAAAGAUAAGGUCAUUUGAAUUACGCGAGCUACAGCAGCAAUGAAGCUAGAAAUCAUAUCACGGAUCGGCAUCACGGACGGAUGAUUCUCGCCGGGUCAAAGUCGACACGCUCAGUCAGGCCAAUCGGAGCGGAGGCGCCGUGGUGUUAACAACAAGAAGAAUCCCGGGGCAGGGUGCGCGUAUCCGACCGUCUCGGUGCGUCUCUUUUAGCGCCGCUAUCGAGCCGGAGCGAGCGUGUGCGAGGCGACCAGCAGGCUGGCCUGUAAGCCGAUCAACGAGUUUCGCCUCGAGGAUUUCUUCUCCUGCACAUUACGUGCUCCGACUGGGCCAGGAUGCUGCGUUUAACGUGUUGCUCGGCUCUGCUGUUCGUCUUGAGGCUGCUGAUGGGCCUGCCGUGGUUCCAGGUCUUACCCGCCGUUCUGAUUUUCUACCUGGGAAGCGGAGGAUGGCGCUUCCUUCGUAUUUUCGUCAAAACGAUCGGCAGAGACUUGCACGCGGCCGCGGUGCUGCUGCGGGUCAAGAUGAACGUCAAACGCCACCUGCGGGAGAAGAACACUAUUCCUGCCAUCUUUGCCGAGACGGUGCGUCGUCACGCGGACAAAACGGCAUUGAUCUUUGAAGGCACUGGUGAGAAGUGGACCUUCCGACAAUUAGACGAGUACUCAAACAAAGUGGGCAAUCUGCUGCUUCAGCGUGGCUUUAAAGAGGGUGAUGUAGUUGCCAUUUUCAUGGAGAACAGGUCGCAAUAUGUGGGUCUCUGGCUUGGCAUGGCUAAAAUUGGAGUGGAGGCUGCUCUGAUCAACUUCAAUUUGAGACUUGAGGCCUUGGUGCACUGCGUGACCAUUUCCAAUGCCAAAGCUGUGGUGUUUGGAUCUGAGUUGACUGAUGCUGUGUCUGAGGUUCACAUUUCAAUGGGAAAGACGGUACAGAUGUUUUGUUCCGGGGACUGGGACCCCAAACGGGUACCGCAGGGUACCGAGUGCCUCGAGCCUCUGCUGGCCGCUGCUCCUUUGCACAUGCCCAGUCGACCGCAACGCUGCUUCACAGAUCGCCUCUUUUACAUCUACACGUCAGGAACCACCGGGAUGCCUAAAGCGGCAAUUGUUGUGCACAGCAGGUACUACCGCAUGGCCGCUCUGGUCUAUUAUGGUUUCAGGAUGACAUCAGAUGACGUCUUGUAUGACUGCCUCCCACUCUACCACUCCGCAGGUAACAUUGUGGGUGUGGGCCAGUGUAUAAUCCAUGGCAUGACUGUUGUCAUCAGAAAGAAGUUCUCUGCCUCCCGUUUCUGGGAUGACUGCGCCAAGUACAAUUGCACUAUUGUGCAAUAUAUAGGUGAAAUUUGCCGCUAUCUGCUCAACCAACCAGUUAAGGAUAUGGAAAAACAACAUUGUGUGCGCAUGGCGCUAGGUAACGGUCUGCGUCAGUCCAUCUGGAAGGAGUUCAUGACGCGCUACAACAUUCCACAAAUAGCAGAAUUCUAUGGAGCAACGGAGUGCAACUGCAGUUUAGGAAACUUUGACAACAAGGUGGGAGCGUGCGGCUUCAACAGUCAGAUUUUACCCUUCAUCUACCCCAUCCGACUAGUGAGGGUAGAUGAAGAGACCAUGGAGCUGAUCCGAGGGCCGGACGGUGUCUGUAUUCCUUGUAAACCUGGCGAGCCCGGUCAACUGGUGGGCAGGAUCAUUCAGAAUGACCCUCUCCGUAGGUUUGAUGGCUAUGUCAACCAAUCGGCAACUAGCAAGAAGAUCGCUCAUAGUGUCUUCAAAAAGGGAGAUACUGCUUAUCUGUCUGGCGAUGUGUUGAUUAUGGAUGAGUGCGGCCACAUGUACUUCAAGGACAGGACAGGAGACACCUUCCGCUGGAAAGGAGAGAACGUCUCAACUACAGAAGUGGAAGGGACCCUCAGCAGGCUGCUGGACAUGAAAGACGUCGUCGUCUACGGGGUGGAAGUACCCGGCGCAGAAGGGAAGGCUGGCAUGGCUGCCAUCGCCGAUCCCAAUCACUCCUCCGAUCUAGAGAAAUUUGUCAAGGAUUUGGACAAGGCUCUUCCUCCAUAUGCCAGGCCGGUCUUCCUCCGAUUUCUUCCAGAAGUCAACAAGACUGGAACGUUUAAGUUCCAAAAGACAGAGCUUCGACGGGACGGCUUUGACCCCAGAGUGGUAUCGGACAAACUGUACUUCCUGGAUUCCAGCAGAGGGCGCUACGUGCAGCUCAACGAGGAGCUGUACAGCUCCAUACUUUCAGGGAAACAUAAAUUGUGAUAUUGGAGCUUCCUUCCACAUCUCUACUUAUAUGUGCACACGCUCACAAACAGAUGGAUAGAAAAAUGACGAGAUAUUGUGUGACCAAAAUGGAAAAUUGCAGGAAACGAAAUAGCCACACACGUCCCUAAAGCCCUUUUUGGAUUGCGACGACACAAAACACAAGCAGCAGCGCUCCCUUCAUCACCGCUGAAGUCUCCCUGGCAACCCUUCAGGCUACCUCAAUUAACACACACACACACACACAGCGGUACAAACCCAUGAACCAGAUAUCUCCGGUAGCUUGAAAGCAACCAUCGGAACCGCAUAGUCGACCAUGAAAGCCUGUUUUUGCUGGAAGCCUCCUCGCAAGAAGUCGGAAAAGCCACACAGACUUGAAGGAUUGCGAUCCAGAGAAGCUGAUGAGGUCUUUUUAUUGUUGUCUUUGACUUUGUCAGGCAAAGAGGCUCCAACUGCACUAUUAGCCAACACUGGCAAAGCUUUUUUAGCGCACUUUCUCUGCAGCCUCGUCACGUGCAUUUCAACUUAAGCCAACAUGUGGAAAAGACAUCAAGUGUUGAAUGAAGGUCCAGUCCAUUGGUGUGCGAUACUAGUAAAACACCUCACCGAGUGAAUCAAAGCUUUCUUUUCAAAAUGCAUUGCACCAAAUAUAGUUCGUUUGUUUACAUAUUUAAGCAAACGUGGAAGUUAUUUAUGUUUAUUACAUCCAUGAAAACAUGUUUUUCUUUAUCAAAAUAUCUCUCGAGCUUUAUUUGGCAGAAAGUACUUCCACAGGGUUUGUUUUCUACCUACAAAGGAAUGACCCGAACACUGAAAAGAAAAAAAUGUCAUAUAAGGAAAUCACAGAAUUACAAAAUCAACUUUUUAUUUACAACAGAAAAACUUUUUUUCUUUUCCUGCUAAAUUGUGGCGGUAUCACCAAUAAUAGUAUAACAUUAUUCACUUUUAUAUACCAGUUUAUGCAUGCGUAGAGUCAUUUUGAAAAAGCUAGGAUAUGAAUGUUCAAACGGAACAUUUUCUAAAAAAGAGUGGACAGCGUCACAUGCGUGCGUAACAGUGUAUUAAAACCCUUUUUAACAACAUCAAGAACUAACAUUUAACAAUCAGUAUUUGGAAACUGAGGAUGCUCAUUGUUGCGUAUUAGAUUUUUCCCCCUUUCUUGCUUGAUAUCAAAUUUUAUUUGUUCAAGAGUCUCUGUUGUCAUAGUUUGCGCUUCAUAUUGCGUUACACAUUUUCAAUUGGAAACCGGUCUGGACUGCUGGCAGGCCAGUCUAGUACUCGUUACUAUGCAGCCACACUGUUGUAACAUGCAGAAUGUGGCUUAGUAACUAUGGGAACCCUAUAGCUUUUUUUUUUUUUUUUUUUUUUUUUGAGAGAGAGAGAAAGAGAGAGAGAGUAUAUCUGCAAAAUAACAAAACCAAUCUUGUCUUUGCAGUGUAUUCAAUUGCAUAUAGGGUGAAAAGCAUUUUCAAAUAAUUUUGUUCUUUUCAGUGCGAGCUUUGCGUUCCUUUGUACGGUAUAUAACUGAAUUGGGCAACGCAGGGCGAUGCGGUUUUGUUCAACUUGAACUGACCCGUCUAUGACCGUGUCUGUGUUUAGAGCGAGGAAAACAGGUUAAUAGAGAGCACCUUCAGCAGAGUCGGGAAAAGGUCAGUUGAAGAAGGGAAGACUGAGAAAGUCCAUGUUUAAAAUAAAAAAAAGAUUUAUGUUUGAGGUGUCUGUCACUAGAGGUUAUUGAGGCAUGAAUUAGCAUCAUCAAGCAUAGCAGAGCACUGUGCCUUACUGUGAUUCACAGGCCCUGGACCACUCACAUAGGUAACAUACAUACACAGUAUUGUGGAGUUCUCAAAGUUGGUUUUCUAAUUUUUUGAACUUCUUGUUCCCUUUGUCUUCAGUUCAAAUCUUGUGAGGCCCUUACGUUUGGUUUUUAAAGGUGCUAUGAAAUGGUGGCCAUGUUGAAAAAUGAAAAUGACUGCACUGAUGUCAUUCUACUCUCAAAUCUGGCUGUUUUUACCAUUUCAUUGUUAUUUGCCCAAAAAAUGCAUCAGGGAACACCCACAUUUUUUUUUUUUUAAUUGAUGAUCAUAGUGAGCUUUCUUACUAGCUAGUACAUGUUGACAGAAUAACAAAACAGUCACACAGCAACAAGGGAAUAUAAAGCUGAUGGAUAGCAUGCAAGCACAUUGCGAAAAAUCUGCAGCUCGUUCUGAGUGUGACGUCUUCUGUUUGGAGAUUUCAUAUAGCACCUUUAAAUCCAAACUUCAACUUGUUUUUCCAGAAGCCAUUUCUUGGAUUGUCUUUGGGUGCUUUCACACUGGCACUUUAGAAAUUAAUUUUCAUCUUUCAUGGUACUCUUGUUUGAUGAGGCUGAAUUAGAGAUUACACUCAAUGAAACCUGAAUACGACCUUGCACUGAUCCAACUGGCAAAUGAGGGGAAAAAAAACUGUUUUCUAAACGCUGCUUUACUACUCUGCCCAGCCAACCUUCUUGCUAUCUACAUCCUUCCUACUUACAAGAGUAGAGAAAGGUUUUGAAAGCAAUCUGUGGGAAACACCCAUCAGCUGACUGCAACUAUAGGUAGUUGUGAAAGCACCCUUAAAGACGUCUUUGUUCAGUUUCAUCUCCCACCGGUGAAAACAUAGCAUUAGUCAUCAUAGUACCUUUAUGUGACCGCAUCCCUAGGACAAGGGCAAACUUCUUUAAUGAUGAGUGUCUCACGACAAAAAAUGAAAUAGGAUGCUGACGUAUGUCAAUGUUUGUCUCACGGGAACUCUGGAGGGCUGUUAAUGAUGCUUCCGGGAGUUGACUAUGACCGCCGAGGUGGCGUGUGACUAAACGGCCUCAGAGGAACAGCACUCUGAAAUGGAUGUUUCCUGUUUUGUUUUGUUUUUUUUAAUCUUAAAUUAUUUCUGAACAACUGUUAAGUGUAUCUUGAUUGUCUCAUCAAUCUUUGUGUGUUGUCCAUGUUUUCUGUGAAACGUUGAAGCGUUGUGAUUUAUUUUGUCGGGUUCAUGCUUGAGUGGAAGACAAUCUGCUGCAAACAUCAGUCACAUCUUUUAAGUGGUCUCAUCUUAAAAUGCACACUGUAGAGUACGGCGACCCAUAUUUGUUUCAAAUCAAGUGAAGUCUGAAGAGAAAGGGAAUUUUUCGUUGGACCACAAGGGGAACCGUUUGAAGGGGGCAUAUUUUUUCACCAUUUAAAUCCAUUCCCUCGGUGUCUUAAUAAUUGGUUUUAAAUGAACCAAAGAGUGAACAUUUACAGUAGGGUCACCUUUAGGUUCCAAUUAAACAGAUUCUUAAUGUAUUUGUCUUCAUAGUGAGCAACUAGUUUUUCCAAUUCCAAAAAAACUUGAGAUGUUCAGCACUCCCACUCUCGACGGCAGGCACAUGAACAAGCCAUGAUAGGCCUAAUUUUACAUGUACACUUCAUGGGUGAACACAAGACAGGCACUCCACACCAAAUUGUUUGCAUACAAGCAAAUUAUAAAUACGUUCACUCCAUGAUAUGUCGCCUUUGUUUUAUUGUAAUGGAGUAAUAUGAAUUGACGCAAACUAAUGUUGUGAAAAUGCAGCAUGACAUUUAAUGAUCACAAUUAACAGGAAAUGCCGCUCUGAUGGAAUGAUCGUAAUCAUUGUAAUCGCCGUUUCUUUGACAUUGUUAUAAACGUGUAAAACAAAAAACAGAAUUAUUUCAAAGUGAAUUCAAUACAUUCUUAAGAUUUUUUUUUCUUUUUUAAAUGAUACCGCACUGUUGUCUCCUCCAAUCAACCCAACCCAACCUGACUAUUGCACUUUUUUUUCUCUGUCCCCUGAAAACAUCAAGUGAUGUUAAAAAAGGCAAAAACGACUUUGUUUUAAAGCUUAUAUUUGUUUUAAGUAUCGUGUCUCUGCACAAGUGGCAGCUCUCAGAUCAAGCAGUGUGUGGAAUAGAAAAGAGGGGAGGUGUGCUGUGAGCGUGACACACCGAUGUCCUCUUAUCUACUGAUCAAAAGUCUGUGAGUUCCAAGCAAAUGAGAAAAGCUGUGCUGAAAAUGGAAAAAUUAUAAAUAAAAAACUAUUCAAAUCGGUGACGUGAGUAGUGGUUGGUGAACUGAUUUUAUGAUUUAAAAAAGUAUACAUUAUGUUCUCCCAAAUGGAAAAAUUCCACUCAAAACGCUUUGGUAAAAUGGUGAUGCUCAGUUGCUUUGUUAACUGUAUGGACAAUGUUUUGAGUAGCAUUUGAACAUUAAUAACAGCAGUGUUGGGAUGCUCGGGCAACACGUACUUUAAAUGGCCUGAUUUUGAGAAGUGACCUC